AGCGUCGAACAAGAAGGCAUAAAAGUGACUCCUAUUGAAUUGGGCCAAUUCAUUGACUUCAUCAAAUGUGACAAGCUCCGCACAGAAAGCUUCAUUAUAGGGCCCAACCAAUAUGGUGUCACAUCAAUUCAUGAGAACUGGUUCUGUGCAAGGUGCAUGAACACAUCAAAACCAGCUGGUGAAGGGGCUAUUGUUAUGCAAACAGCAACAUUUUUCUUGAUUGCACUAUAUGAUGGUUCUAUUGGCUCAGCUUCUCGUGCUAUGUUUGCUGCUGAUCAGUUCGUGUGGCAAUUAAAUCGACGAAAUUUAUAACCGUGCCAAAUUCAGCUGUAUUGCCUGUACGCUUUUACCUUCUUAUCCUCUGGCACCUUAUUUUUGUUUUUGUUUUUGUUUAAUAAAUCUAUUUUUAAUGCUUCAAGUGGGACUAUAAUGUUGCAAUGGCAGUAGUAAUAAUGAAUAAUUAUUUAGCAUAAAUAAGAUGUUUGUUGAUUAAUACGUGACUUGGCAUGUUU